CAUGUACUCAAAUCUCUCCGAUCAAUCAAAACGAUACAAAGAAAUUACACUUGCCGAUUUACCUUCGGCAAUUGCUGCUAGAAAGACAAGAGAGUUUCGUUGUCCACCUCAAGAACAAAUGCAAGCGUUCUUAAACUUUAAAUUUCCCUAUGAUCCUGAAACUGGCCAAUUAGAGUGUCCGUGUAAUGAAGAUAUUAAAGAGAAGCUGAGAGUUUUUAAGGAUACCUUAUUUAGGCAUGCUGGUCAUAAAGUUAAAGAAGAAGAAGUUGUUGAAGUAAUUGAUGAAGAUAGCAAACCAAAUUGGGGAGAUAAGCUUGUGCAAUUCGUAAUUGGUAUUGGUGAUGAUGACCAAUUAGAUGGAGAUAGCGAUAAACCUGACACAAUCCAAAACUUGAUAAUCAAUAGCGUAAUUGAAUGGGCUAAAUCAGAGUUUAUAACAGAUCAACAGUUAAUUAGGGAAAUGUUUUCGCUAUUACACCGUCAAUAUGAUGGGGUUGGAGAGUUGGUUAGGGCGUUUAGCAAAUCAUACGUUAUUAGUCAAAUGAAUAAAGAAGAUAUCAGUCUGCUACUAAAAGCAUUGGGAAACGUAAGGGCUUUAUUAAUGGUUCAAGUAGGGGCGGAUGAAGAAGAGAUUCUUAAGGCCAGCACUUGGCAACUGGCUGACAAUAAAGUCUUUUUUCAACAUCCCGAUCUAAUGAGGGCUUUAGCUGUCCACGAAACAGUGAUGCAAUUAAUGAUAAAUACUCUAAAUAAGACCCAACAGCAAACUGCCGCUGAGGGUCAUUCACCGAGAAGAUCGUCGAUAUCUUCUGUAAAUGAGGGACAAGGUGGUUCUUCACGUACAACUCCUUCAAGUAAGGACACGGCCGCUGACAUGGUCGUCUCCUGUUGUCGGUUCCUUUGCUAUUUUUGCCGAACUUCUCGGCACAAUCAAAGAGCCAUGUUCGAACACUUAGCCUAUCUGUUAGAGAACAGCUGUAUGCUCUUGUCUCGUCCCUCUUUGAGAGGUUCCUGCCCACUGGACGUUGCUUGUUCAGCCGUCAUGGAUAAUAACGAACUAGCAUUAGCGCUUCGAGAAAGUCAUUUGGAAAAGGUUGCUGUAUACUUAUCGAGGUGUGGUCAACAAUCCAAUCAAGAGUUGCUGGCUAAAGGAUACCCCGAUAUUGGAUGGGACCCUGUCGAAGGCGAAAGAUUCUUGGAUUUUUUCAAGUUUUGUGUUUGGGUUAAUGGGGAAAGUGUUGAAGAGAACGCAAAUUUGGUUGUAAGACUAUUAAUCAGACGACCUGAGUGCCUUGGUCCAGCUCUACGUGGAGAGGGUGGAGGUCUACUAAAAGCAAUGAAGGAUGGAAUACUUUUAUCAGAACAAAUUGUUGCUUCCAGAGAUGUAGAGGCUUAUAAGUUUCUCAAGGCUGUUACGGAACAAGAAGACGACGAUAGAGGGGAUUUUCUUCUACAAAGCAACUAUAACUUCUCAACACUCCCUCCAGAAGAUGAUGAAGAUUAUAUUGAUAUUGGCUCAGCUAUUUUGACGUUUUAUUCAUCUUUAGUCGAUCUCCUUAGCCGUUGUGCACCUGGUGAAGAAACCAUAAAAUCCGGUCGAAGCGAUUCGGUGAGGGCUAGAGCUAUAUUAAGAUCUCUUCUAUCAAUGGAAGAUUUAGAAGGAGUUUUAGGAUUGCGCUUUAUACUACCUGUGCCCAAAACUACUGACAAAGAUGGAAAUGAGUGUGAAGGUCCUGUAAGUGACACCCCGCCUGGACUGCUUCCAAUUCACAAAACGUCUAUUGUUCAAUUCCUUGAAAGAGUAUACGGGAUAGAUGAUCAGACAACCUUCUUUCGUUUAUUAGAAGACGGAUUUCUUCCUGACUUACGAGCUGCAACUACUUUGGAUGAUCUAGUUGGAGCAGCUGAAAGUGAUAUGGCUUUGUCAUUGAAUCGAUAUCUAUGUAACUCUGUCCUUCCUCUCUUGAACAAUAACACUGAUUUCUUCAAAGAUGCAGAUCACGCAUCAGCAUUGUUAGAUUCUCUUUUAUCAACUGUUUACAAGCUAUCAAAAGCAAGAAGCCUAACAAAGAUACAGAGAGAAAUAGUCUCCGAUUUCCUUGUAACUUUCACUAGUCAAUUACGACCUCCGAUGAUGACAUCCCUGUUAAGAAAAUUGACUGUGGAUGUUCCCGCUCUAACUGAAAACACAAUUGUUCCUCUGAGACUUUUAACGCAUCACUACGAAAGGUGUUGCAACUAUUACGGAGCAGGAGGCUGGGGGUCAAACGGAACGGCUACAGAGGAGGAGAGACGUUUAACAAUGAUGUUGUUCAGUGGAAUAUUCGACUCUUUGGCUCAAAGAGCGUACGAUCCUGAAUUAUUUUCAAAAGCUUUACCGUGUUUAUCAGCCAUAGGUUGCGCUCUAUCUCCCGACUACGCUCUAACUCAUCAAGACGAAUCAUGGAAAACCGGUAAAAGUGGUUCUACGAAUGGCGCAUAUAAUCCUAAGCCAAUUUCUACUGCAAGCGCCAACCUCAACAAUGAUUUAGCAAAUGCUUGUAAAAAUUUUACUGAGCAUUGUCACGAUUCCUGGGCCCUAGCCAAAAUGGAUAAUGGAUGGGUUUAUGGACCAAAAUACAACGAAAUAAAAAAGCAGCAUCCUAGCUUGAAAGCGUUUAAGCUAUUAGAUAAUAGAGAGCAACAGAUGAAAUUGCAAAGUGUUGUUGAAUCAAUUAAAGCAAUGUUAGCAUUUGGUUGGACAGUUGAACAGGAUUCGUCAAGAGUUGUUAGUAAGAGUGCCAUAAAGUAUAAAAUAUCAAAAUCUGUUUCUGGGGAUUUCUCCCCAAAAUCUGUUGAUCUUAGGACUGUGACUCUUACUAGAGAAAUGUAUCAAAUGGCUGAAUUAUUAGCAGUUCAAUCCCAUGAGGUAUGGGCUAAAAAGAAGAAGGCUCAAUUAGAGGCUUUAGGGGGUGGAAUACACCCUCAACUCGUUCCCUACGAACAUCUUACAGAGAAGGAGAAGAGCCGAGAUAAAGAAAGAGUUCAAGAGCUGCUUAAAUUCCUUCAAUUAUUCGGGUUUCGUUUGUCUAGUAACGGUAAAACAACUAAGCCUGGAACUGAGUCAAUGUCAAGGAUUAGACGAGAAUCGGAAUCUGAUAGUGGAGUUGGGGUUUCUAGCACCGAAAAAAGAUUUGCUUAUAGUUUGUUAGAUAAACUCCUCGAAUACGUCGAUAAAGCUGCGUACAACAUGAAAAAUCAGAGACCAUCUUCUCGUAUGAGUAGACGUCAUAGUUAUUCAACAUCAACCGAAGAUGUCAAGUUCUUUAGUAAGGUUAUCCUACCACUAGUCGAAAGGUAUUUUGGAGCGCAUAAAAGUUACUUUAUCACCAAUCCCAAUGCUCCAAUUGGUAGUGGAGGUGCUUCUCUAAAAGAGAAGGAAAUGACAGCUUUACUUUUCUCCAAAUUAUAUGGACUGCUAAGGCAAAGAAUAACUGCUUUUGGUCACGAUGUUCAAAUUUCGGUUCGCUGUCUACAAACCCUUGUUACAGCCAUAGAUGCCAGGGCGGUUGUUAAGAGUAGUCCUGAAAUUGUGCGCUCAUCAUUGUUACCUGUCUUUAAUCAUGCAGCUGAAGAUUUAACUCAAGUUGUUAAUAAUUUAAAAACUGGACGAUUUAGUCAUGUGAAAGGAACUAUUACAAGAGGAGCAACAUCUCUAAAUUAUGUCCAUAUGGUCCUUAUUCCAGUUCUUACGUCAAUGUUCGAUCAUUUAGGAAGAAAUUCAUUUGGCUUUGAUUUACUUGUUGGAGAACAGCAACUCUGUUGCUAUAGAAUAUUGAACGCGUUAUACUCAUUAGGAACGAAAAGUUCUACGUUUGCUCAAAGAGAGUCGAUAGAAAGUGAACUAGCCAGACAUCGUCCAGCAUUAGGAGAAUGCGUCGCUUCGUUUUCAUCUACCUUUCCAGUUGCCUUUUUAGAACCAGAAAGAGCUCAACAUAAUAAAUAUUCCGUUCUAUAUGGUAUAGCACAAGAGGAUAUUGCUACGCAUUCAUUAGAAGCUAAAGAAGUUAUGGAGCAGGUUGCAGAAACACUACCUUCUCUAGAUAAGAUUGUGUCGGAGAUUGAAGGCUUAGCAGUUUCCGGGGGGAAAUAUAAUGAAGCCCCUCACGUGAUUGAAGUUACUUUACCUAUGCUUUGUUCAUAUUUACCAGCAUGGUGGGCAAUUGGACCAGAUCACGGUGGCGACGCUUCAAAAUCAGUUACUUCCGUCACAGCUAUAUUGAUGAACAACGUGCUGGGCAACGUUUUAUCACUUAUUGGAAAUAAUAUUGGAAGUUUGGAUGCGCCUUGGAUGAAUCGCAUUGCGGCGAGAACUCAGCCCAUCAUUGUAAAUGCAACAAUCGAUAUGCUUCCUGUUCACAUUCUUCCUGUAGCUAAAAAGUUAAGGGAUGCCUCACUGUCGGCAGAGCUGGAGGAAGCAGAUUAUUUGCAAGAGAAAAGACAUAGAACAGGAGGGGGAACGGACAAAGAUGACGCAAUUGAUGCUCAUAUACAGGAAGUAUUUCAAAUACUUGUCAGAGACAUAUACGCCUUUUAUCCUCUACUUGUGAAAUAUGUUGAUUUACAUCGUUCCACCUGGCUUAAAAAGCCUUCAAGAGAUGCCGAAGAAUUAUAUGAAUGCGUAGCAACAGUUUUUAAUAUAUGGUCCAAAUCUGGACUAUUUAAGAAGGAAGAGCAGAACUUUGUUUGGCAGAAUGAAAUUAAUAAUAUGGCUUUGAUAAUGCCCGGUCAGGAUGCUCAUGCGUCAGCCGCCCAAUCAGCAGAUGAAUCUAGAUCCUUAAUUGAAGAUGUGACGCAAUCGAAGAAAAAGGGUAAACGAAUAGGACGUGCCCGUAUGGAACCUACAACGAGUUUUAACGUAGCUUGCCUAAAACGUCUUUUACCCCUGGGGUUGAAUAUGUUUGCCGGCCAAGAACAAGAGCUGGUCCAGCAAUGCAAGCAAAGACUUAUAGAUGUAAGUUAAUACAACAGUAUUAUUUACAGCUUAUAAAAGAAACAUAUUUUUCUUACAAUUAUUUAACCAUUCAUUCUUUGUCUGUCUCUGUCUCUGUCUCUCUGUCUCACUCUUCCUCACUCUUGCUCUCUCACUUUCUUUCUCUCCAUCUAUCUAUCACUCUAUGACUCUCUCUCUUUUCCAUCAUUACAUUUUUUCUCCUUAAUCAUU